AUGUGACUGCCUCUGUUUCUGCGACGGACGGUCUACGCUCCUCAUUCCAGCAGCUUCUUGUGAGCAGAGCAGCCGUUUUACUCUGAUUUUCUUUUCCAGAUUUUCAGACACCAGUCGCUGUCUGCUGAUUGGUCCCGUGAAUCAUGGAGGCCGUCGCCGUCAGAAUGUUGCAAGCCGCAGGAGCGGCAGGCCCGUGCCACGUGUCGCUUCGGAGAAAUGCGAUUCAACCAGAGAAGCAGGCCAAGGCGAAUUGCUGCGGAUUCAGAAGAUCCGGCGGCAUCGCCUCUCUCUCCGCCGUCCAUAGACCCGCCAUCUCCCGCGAGCGACGAUUCACGGUCACCGCCACGUCAUCCGGCUCGACAUCCACGUCAGCAGCCGACCAGCAACAACAAGAAUCCACGACAUCCGCCGCCAAGAAGCCCGCGUUCGAGGACGUGCCGGCCGACCUCCCCGCAGAGGAAUCAGCCGCCGACGAGGAAGACGUGGGAGAGGUGGAGAAGAUUCUCGGAAGCCGCGUGGCGGAGGGCGGGGUGACGCAGUACCUGAUCGAGUGGAAGGACGACCACCCCGACAGCUGGGAGCCGCGCGAAAACGUCGCAGCGGACCUGGUGGCGGCGUUCGAGGAGCCGUGGUGGACUGCGGUGCGGCGCGGCGACGAGGCGAAGGUGCAGGAGCUGCUGGGGGAGGGCAGAGACGUGAACGCCGUCGACGGGAACGGGCGGUCCGCGCUGCUGUUCGCGGCGGGCCUUGGAAACGAAAAGAUGGUGCGCGCGCUGCUAGCGGAGGGCGCGGACGUUGCGUGGCAGGACAAGGAGGGCUACAGCGCGCUGCACAUCGCUGCGGGCUACGUGCAUUCCACCAUAGUGCGCGCUCUGCUGGACCACGGGGCGGACCCAGAGCAGGAGGACAAGCAGCAGAGGUCGCCCCUCAUCCUGGCGCAGCAGCUGCUCAAGGCUAAUCCCCCUAAUAACCCUGCCGCUUUCGCUCGCCGCCUCGCUUUGGACAACGUGGUGAAGAUGCUGGACGAGGCAGUGUUUGAGGAGUCCGAGGUGGACCAGAUCCUCGACAAGCGCCUUGGGGAGGACGGUGUUGUGGAGUACUUAGUUCAGUGGCAGGAUGACUCGGAGGACAGCUGGGAGCCGGCGGAGAACAUCGGCGAGGACUUAGUUAAGGACUUUGAGGAGGGGCUGGAGUAUGGCGUGGCGGAGAAGAUUCUUGAGAAGCGGGUGGUUGGGGCGGCGCAGGGCGGUGGGGAGGGCAUGGUGGAGUACUUAGUUAAGUGGCAGGACUCGGACGAGAACACGUGGGAGCCGGAGGGGAAUGUGGCACCGGAGGUGAUUGCGGAGUUUGAGGGGGUGAGUGUGGAGGAGGUGGAGGCACGGGUAGGGAAGGAGGGAGGGAAGUAGAGAAGGGAGGGAAGUAGGAGAGGAGGAUCCAGUAUCUGACAAGUUGUCUCGACAGGCAUGCACUGCACGCGUCAGCAGGGCGUCAUGCUUUGAGAAUGCCCUUGUUAUUCGAAUCACACCAUUUCGAUGCAUUCUGGUGCUGUAACGCCAUGGUAGCUGAUGAUACACAGCACAUGCAAGCACGGCUGCCCUGAGAAGCUUGAGCAGUAGUAGUCUUUUGGCAGUCUGCUUUUGACACUACUGUAGAUGAAUUGGAAGAGAACCUCUUAGAGCGUGUUCCUACAAGGAUCUUCCCAGGCAACCUCUUCCCAGACUCACGCGCGACAGUGAGCGGGUUCCGUCAUAUUUGCUUUCCAGCGCUCUCAACCACAUAAAAACAGCUGGUUUCG